AUGGCGUCACGUAGCCUGGGGCUGCAUGUAGCUCGCAAACAGGACGCUGCCAGAAGCGGAGCUGUGGAGAGGAGGAAUCUACUGACUGUCUGCAGGUUUUCAGUGAAGACGUUGAUUGACCGCUCCUGUUUAGACACGAUAGACGACUCAUCUCCAGAGUUCACCAACUUCGUCUCCAUCCUGGAACAGAUCCUCAGUCACAGACUGAAAGGUCAGACUACAUGGUUUGGUUAUGAGACUCAUCGUAGUUUCUGGGACUAUGUGAAAGCAGCCUGCAGUAAAGUCUCUCACAGCUGCAUCCACAGCAUUGAGAGCAUGGAGAAUGUACGCUCCUCCAGAGCUAAGGGUCGGGCGUGGAUCAGGCUGGUGCUGAUGGAGAAGAGGUUGUCUGAGUACAUCUCCUCCGCCCUGAGGGACUUCAAAACCACCAGGAGAUGGUAUGAGGAUGGGGCCAUCAUGCUAGGUGAGGAGGCGGGGCUGCUAGCAGAUACACUCAUCGGUCUCAACACCGUUGACUUCAGCUUCUGUCUGAAAGGGGAGGGGCUGAAUGGAAGCUGCCCAGCGGUGAUUGACUAUACGCCCUAUCUGAAGUCGAUUCAGAGAGAAAACAGCAUCAGCAGUGAUGAGGAGGAGUUGAGGACCCUGGGGAGCAGCGGCAGCGAGAAGAACACCCCUGAAAAGAUGGCCGCCAGCACUGCGGAGGCCAUCUUAACUGAGCAGAGCAGCUGGGUCUGCAGGUGUAAAAGACUCGAGCAGAAAUACCGCAUGGCACUGGAACAGAAGUGUUAUCUGGAAGAGAUGGUUCAUCUGAGAGAGGCCCAGCUGUCUCAAGUGAUUCCUCAGAACAAAGCUCUUCAGCAGAGACUAACAGACACACACCUCUCACACACACUGGAGAAGGAACAACUAGAAUACAUCGUACUGGAGCUCCAGGACCAACUGACAGUGCUGAAGAACCAUGACUUGAGGUCCAGACAAGAACUGACCGCACAUCUGACCAAUCAGUGGCCUUCACCCGGUGCCAUGGAUACCAAUGCUGUUGCCUUGGAUACCAUGCUGUACAGGAAUAGGGUGGGGCAGUGGGAGGAGAAGAAUUUCCAGAGUCUAGAGCAGCUGUCCCAGUCCUCUCUGGAGCCCUCACACACACUCAACCUGGACACUAGACCAGCCAGCUCACACUGGCACCACCAUGGGAAGGAGGACACCCCCUCUCUGAUAGGUCUGUGUGGGUCUCUGCAGUCAGUAGCCAGCAAUAAGUCACUGGCCAGCCUGAAGUCCAGUGAGUGUCUAGCCAGCCCCACCACAGAUGACCAGUCCUGACCUCACCCCGUCCUAGAACAAGAGACCCGGCACAUGGUUUGGAGAAAGAGAGCCAGAUUUGGAUCCUGGAAUUGGAACUCAGGCUUUUUAAAUAACAUUCCACCCCAUCCCGUCCUAAACCCAGAGAUCUAACUUCGUCCCCAGGCUCAAUUCAUAGAUUACCAGAGAUGCAACACAGGUCGUAGAAUCAGACUGCAUAGAGAUUUAUUUAUUGGAAUUUCUAUGACUAAAUCACAUGGAAUCUGGAUCCAGGAACUCUGAGUUUUUUAAAAAGAAAUAUUGAAGGAACUCAUAGCUCAACAUGGGCGCUGCAGUCAAUCAUUUGGAAUUUACAACCCGAACUGACCCUGGAACCGGCGCUUCAGUAGUCAGUCCUUCAAUGUAAGCGCAGAGCCGUUGGAAAAACCAGGACUAUAUUGACCAGGACCGACCCCAUGUUUAUUUAUUAGUUUGUUGUAUAUCUGCACUGAUGGGAAAACAACUGCACGAUGGGAAAACAACUGCAUAGUUGAAAGCCAGUUCCGGGUAGGCAUACAGAUCACUGCAGACCAAGGAGAACGCCACUUGACCAGACCUUUUGGUGUCACUUAAAGGACUCCUCAUGAUGUAAACAUGCUCAGCAUCCCAGAGAUUGACAAAACUUGAGGAAUGGCUUUCUUUAGGAUUUAUUUAGGGAUGGGUAAGGAGUGUUGAAGUUUAGGGUUUGUUGUUUCUCAAGUGUUAAAGCCUGUAGACUAGUGGUUCUGUUCAUGCCUCAUCAACUUGCAGGUGUUGUCCUGUUACCCUGGCAACUUAAGUGAGCUCUACUAUAGAUGGCCAUGGUGGGUCCGACUCAGCGGCCAAAGAAAUACAACUCAAAGAACGGAUAUAUUUAGGUAUUGUAUUCCUGCCAGAGGACUGGACUAUCCUCAUUAUUUAUAAUGUUGGAAGGGCCUUGAAAUAUCUAGAGGAGAACCGUGUUGCUUUUAUGUUUUCUGUUUCUACGGUCAAUCCUCUGUGGUACUUGACUUGCAGCCAUAAUCAUAUUAUUGAUGGCAUUGAAUGUAUCUUAUAAACUAUCAAAAUAAAGUCGGACACUCCAUAUAAACUCCCAGUAAUUUAUUGGGUAUUUACCAGCGUUUGGGCAUCACUGUGCCUUCUUCAGGCACAGACACAUUGGUAAAUAUCCCAUAUAUAAACUCCCAGUAAUUUAUUGGGUAUUUACCAGCGUUUGGGCAUCACUGUGCCUUCUUCAGGCACAGACACAUUGGUAAAUAUCCCAUAUAUAAACUCCCAGUAAUUUAUUGUGUCCGACUUUAUUUUGAUGGUUUAUUUGCCAUUAGUCAGCACCUCCACACAAACACAUUGUUCUGGGUGUGCGCCAGCGAAUGUUACAUUUUGGGGGGGGGAAUGUAUCUCAUCCACAAUCCGUUUUGGAUUUAACCACACAGUAUUAUGUUAUAUCUUUAUGCGUCAUAAAGGGUUUGUAUUCUCAGGAAAUGUUUCCUGUCCAACAGGGUUAGGUUGAACUGUUUGGUUAGGUUGAACUGUUUGGUUAGGUUGAACCGUUUGGUUAGGUUGAACAUAAUAGGUUGUAUUGGGGUUGCAUUUUCUGUCUCUGACUGCUUUGAGAUUUAUUUUGACCAGAGGCAUGUGGGGAAAGUGUUCAGGGUGUGUUCUGUCACACACACACACAGUUAAUAGUAUUGUGAUAUUGCACAUUGAU